UGUUCUCAUAUGCCCCUGGUUUGAAGGAUUAAAAUCCAUUAAAUACAGAGAAAGAAAGUGGAUUUCAUUAAUCCCCUAGAUCGGAGGCGUACAAAAUUGUUCUCAUACGUGGACCUGAUCCGGAUGCACAUGAUUAACACACAUAAAAGCCGAUGGGUGGUUCAUUAGGCCACCCAAGGAUGGCUCUUCAUCUUUACAUCCUAUCCACCCCUUCUUCCUCCAAAGGGUUUAUCCAUUGUAGACCUCUCAGCCAUCAAUGGAUGAUUUCAUCUAACAUCAAGUGCCUUGCAAGCACUCAUUCCACUGAGCUAACAACUUAUAUUAGGCGAUCGGCAAACUACCAAAGCAGCAUCUGGGAUUUUGAUUUUGUGCAAUCCUUAAACAGUGAUUACAAGGGAGAGGCCUUCAAGAGAAAAACCAAAAAAUUGAAAGAGGAAGUAAGGGGUACACUUGAUGAUGGAGCCAUGGGGCAGUUAGAUCUGCUCGAGCUGAUAGAUGACAUAGAGAGACUUGGGUUAGGAUACCUCUUUGAAGAGGAGAUCAAGAAAGCCCUGGACACCAUAGUUUCCAUGGAAGAUCUGGCAAAAACAAGGACAAAGGAGAGUUUACAUGCUACAGCUCUUCAAUUUAGGCUCCUUAGACAACAUGGGUAUGAGGUAAACCAAGGUAUGUUCAAUCACUUGAAAGAUGAGAUAGGCAAUUUCAAGGCUACUUAUUUAGCGGAUGCAAAGGGAAUACUAAGUUUGUAUGAAGCUUCUCACCUUGCUUUUGAAGGAGAAACCAUCUUGGAGGAGGCCAAAAACUUCACAAUGACAGCUCUAAAGGAGAUUAUUAAGGGUAAUAUAGAAAAAAACUUAGCAAAACAAGUGAAUCAUGCCUUGGAGCUUCCCCUUCACUGGAGGGUGCCUAGAUUAGAGGCUAGGUGGUAUAUUGACAUCUAUGAGAAAAAGGAGAACUCAAUUGCUGCCUUGAUUGAACUAGCUAAGUUGGAUUUCAACAUUGUCCAAGUGAUACAUCAGGAAAAUGUAGCUGAUUUAUCAAGAUGGUGGGAAAUAUUGGGCCUUGGAAAAGAGUUGAGUUUUGCUAGAGAUAGUCUAAUCCAAUGCUUUUUAUGGACAUUGGGAUGGAAACCUGAGCCUCAAUUCAGUAAUUUCAGGAUAGAAUUGGCUAAGGUCACUAUGCUAAUAACAACAAUCGAUGAUUUAUAUGAUGUUUACGGUUCCUUGGAAGAACUCGAGCUUUUUACUGAUGCUGUGGAAAGAUGGGAUAUUAAGGCAAUAGGACAACUUCCAUACUAUAUGAAGAUAUGCUUCUUGGCUCUCUUCAACUCUGUUAAUGAAAUGGGUUAUUUUCACCUCAAGGAACAUGGAAUUGACAGCAUACCUUUCCUAAAGAAAGCGUGGAUUGAGCUAUGUAAAGCGUACUUAAUAGAGGCAAAGUGGUAUCACAACAAUGAUAAAACAACGCUCAAGGAGUACCUAAACAAUGCAGUGAUUACAAUAGGAAACAAUGUUGUAUUCAUUCAUUCAUUUUUCUCCUUGCAACAAACUAUUCGAGAGGAAGAGUUAGAUUGUGUAUCACAAUAUCCAAGUCUCUUCUAUUGGACAUCAAUGAUAGUUCGACUUGCUAAUGAUCUUAGUACUUCAAUGGCUGAACUAGAAAGAGGAGAUGUACUGAAAUCAAUCCAAUCUUACAUGUAUCAAACUGGGGCUUCCAAGGAAGUGGCAUGUGAAUAUAUAAGGAAUAUGAUUGAUGAAACAUGGAAGAAAAUAAAUAAUGAUUUAUACACUAACGAUUUUCUUCUUCCCCAACCUUUUAUCGAGACCAUGGUAAAUCAUGCCCGAAUGUCACUAUGCAUGUAUCAAUAUGGAGAUGGUCAUGGUGUUAUAGAUGAUGAGAGCAUACAUCGAGCCAAUUUAUUAUUGUUUGAACCUAUUCCAUUGUUGAGAGAUGCUUAAAGGCCUUCUCUGAAACCCCCCCACUUUUGUCUUUUCUUAUUCUUUUCCUCCACAUAACAAAAAAUAUUGUAUCUAUCAUUCUCUUUUGAGUGGUUCUUAUAAAUUUCAUGAUUUUUCUUGAUUA